AUGAGCCGCAAGAUUCUAUCAACAUUCGACGCCGUUAUUGAAGAUAUUCAGGACCAGGUCCAGGAUGGCGACGACUUCAGAAUCGUCUACCCCCUAACGCCGUUUCCGACCCUGUUCUCAAACUACGGCGAAGAUGUUAUUGGUCUUGACGAAAUCCACAAGAAGAACUCUAUUGUUUUCAGCAUCCAAGGAAUUUUCCCUAACAUGAAAUAUGUUGGGCUAUUGAGACAGAGGCUGAAAGAAGCGACUGCAGACAUUGAGGCUUAUGCUAGAGCUACUGGCCAACUGAUCCCCUACCUAUAUCUCAACUACGCGGGUCAAGAUCAGAAACCAUUGGCGACGUAUGGUGAAGAAAACUUUCGGUUCCUGAAAAGAGUUGCGGAGAAGUACGAUCCCGGACAGUUCUUUCAGUACAGCGUGCCGGGAGGAUUUAAUAUUAAGGAUGUAUGA